AUGCAUUCAUCUUGGGCCAAGAAAGCAUCUUCCUUACCUUCCGAUCGUAUCAAACCUACAAAUUCCAGGUCACAGCAAGUAUCCUCCAAAGUCAAAGGAAAGCAACCCGUCCGCGAACCCCCCAAAAGCAAAGAAAUCCGGAGGCUAGAAUCGUUGCUCGGUAGCGUGCAGAACUCAGUGGGCAACGAGAAGGAUCCGAAGGGAGGGUGUUUUUGUUUAGCCAGAGAACACCCAGUGUCAACGUACACACCCAUAUGUUUUUCCUGUGGCUUUAUACUGUGCUCCAUCAAUCUCCCACAAUACUCCUGUCCAUCUUGUUCCAAACCCCUAUGGACACGCGCCCAGAGGUCAUCGAUUAUAUCCCAGAUUGACGGGGAGUUGGCUGCGAGAAUCGCGAAGGAAAUCGCAGAUGCAGAACGCGCAGCUGAAGAAGCUAAGAAAGCCGCUGGUGCUUUCCCCGUUCUCUCCGGUGCAAUGCCCUCCUUUUCCUCACCCUUGCCCUCGCCCGCACCAACCCCACCCAACAACAAACCCUCUACUUACAAAGUCAUGUCUUUAACCCAGAAGGGAAAGAAUAACAAAGUCGUCGUUUCCUCAUACACCAGUACACCUCAACCAUCACCACCAUCGAGGGCUGAAUCGCCUGCGGAGCCCGAACCCGUGAGGGUUCCGCCCCCACCGGACGAGGUUGCAUAUGCAAAGACGCGCCCUGGUCCCGCGCGGCCAUGGGAGAACCUUAUUGGGGGAGGGGCGACGUACGUUCCUCUGGCGCGGCUUGAUGAUGAGAUGGAUGGUCGUGACGAUGAGGAAGGAGGCUCGAAUACUCGGUCGAGACGAAGAAGAAAGAAUAAAGUCAAGGCGAGGGAGGAUGAGGGUGGAGGUGUGGCGCGUGGGUCUGGAUCCUAG